UUCACUGAGUGGAGGAACAGAUCACUACUGAAGCAUCAUGUGUUCUUAUAAAGGUGGAUCGUGGUCCUCAUGGCAAGAUGUUGAUGAAGAAGUGAAGAAUAUCUGCAGUAAAGUAAAGCCAUGUGUUGAGGAGAAGACUAGAGAAAGCUUUACAAUUUUUGAGCCCCUGACAUUUCGAAGCCAAGUUGUCAAAGGAAUGAACUACGAUAUUGUGUUGUAUACAGGAAAGCAGACCUGUCUGCAGAUGCGUGUUUGGCAAGAUGUUGCACCUGUCAAACUGAAUGUGAUGUCAAUUGCAGUUUUUCCAUUGCUCACUGUCAGCAUUAAAACAUAAAAAGCAUAAACAAUAAUCUGUGCAUUUUCACUACAAAUUAUGAAAAUUUGACUUUCAUUUUGGCUGCCUCAUAAACAUAUAUUUUGUAUCAGUUUUUCUUUAUUUAACUGAUCAUUUGAAUGAUUUAACUGCAUAGUUUUGUGGUUACUAGGGGAGAUGCAUAGAAAAUCAAACGA